CGCACCCAGUGUGCCUCCCUUUCUUUUCUGCUUCCAGCAGCAGUGGGUGAAGGUUUGUCUUCCCGCGAAUGCUAGUCUGCCAUGAAGCUCUGGAUCCUCCUCCUCAUUGUCUCUGCCCAUGGAAUUAUGGUGUUUCUGCGUGUUCUCGGAAGCCUCAAGGAUGAGCUUGAAGAGAUCGACCAGUGCUGGGUACAGCCUCCGACGAGGUUUUGUGGGAAAAGGUGCACGAAGGUGCGGAAAUGCGUGAAUCCAAACUUCACGUGCUGCUGGACAUACUGCGGAAACAUCUGCCUGAACAACGAAGAACCCUUUAAAACACUGAUGAAGGUCUAGUUUCAAUGUGAUCUGUUCCUGGUGUGGGCUGGGGGAUCAAUGGUGUGGAGGAGCGCUGCCUGCCACCCUGGAGGACUCUCCAGCUAAGGGACUCUCUGUCCUCUCCUUGGUGUCUUCACACAGAGAAUGCCUAAGCUUAUGCCAAAUAAAUGUAUAAUGUA